GGGGUGGCCCCUCACGGCCGCGCCGCCGGGGCCGGGCCGGGCGCGUUCACCGCUUUACGGCUGCUGAAAACCUCCCUGGGCGGGCUCGGGGCGGCCUUGCGGCGCCGGGGCAGCGGGGCGGGCAGGUCUCUUGUCUGGACUUUGGAAAUAACUUUGGAUGGUUCUGGGAUUCUUUCUGUUGACCCAGGGCUUGGUUAUAUCAUCUCUGGGCACGAGCAAGACUGGAACAUACAGAGAUGGGUCAGCCUGUCUGAGGACACUGAGUUAGUUGAUGGCUCAGCAAACACCCAAAAUGAGAUUGAUGGCAGGGUGAUCCUCUUCAGGAGAGCCCAGAAACAGAGAAUUUGUGUAGAGGCCAGAUUGAAAAUAUGCCUUCGUGACAAAGUCUCUACAAAGCUGAUCCCAUCUUGGCUUUAAGGCUCCUGGUUACAAAUCACCUGACAGAAAUAUCAUGAAGAAGUAGUUGUGCGACAUGUGCUCGGCCGUCACUCCGGUUAUUCCACAGCAGCUUUCCAGCGAGCGAGUUGGGAAAUAAGACCUGCUUUCCAGUGGAAGCUCCUUAGGAUAAAAAGAUGGCCUAUCACAAAGUGAACGCAGACCAGAGAGCACAGGGGCACUCUCCAUACCUUGACAGCGAUGAGCUCCAAGCCACAGCGCUGGAACUGGAAUGGGACAUGGAAAAAGAACUGGAGGAGCCCGGCUUUGACCAUUUCCGACUGGAUGGUGCAGUCCAGCAUCACCUGGGGAACUCACAGAGCCCUGACCUUGAUCUCGAACCCAUCCAGGCUUCAUCUUCUCCCAAGGGAAGAUUCCAGAGGCUUCAGGAAGACCCCGAGUACAUCUCCCACUACACGAGACAGGCACCAAAGAGCAACCGCUGCAGUUUUUCUCGGAUACUGAAAGUAUUUUGCACUGCCUUGAUUUUAUUUAUUUUUGGAAUUGUCAUAGGAUAUUAUGCACGCAAAAAAUGCCCUUCUCCCCCAACAUCUCAAGAACCAAAUAAUCCUCAUAUCUACCAUGAAAUUCUCAAGGAAAUCAAAGCUGAAAAUAUUCAACAGAUUUACAGGGAUUUGUUACAGUUCCCUAGGGAAGAUGAUGUAGACAUUGCAAUGAAAAUUCUGGUUCAGUGGCGUUCCCGAGGCCUGGAAGACGUCCGGCUGGUGAAUUACUCUGUUCUACUUGACCUGCCAGGCUCUUCUUCAAACACAGUAACUCUGAAAAGCAGUGGUGAAUGCUUUUAUCCCAGUGGUCAACAGUGCAGCAGAGACCCCAAAACACUUCUCAGCCAAGACCUCCUGUACUCGUACGCAGCUUACUCUGCCAAAGGAACUCUCGAGGCAGAGCUUGUUGAUGUGCAGUACGGGACCAUGCAAGACCUGAUCCGCGUUCAAGCCAUUACAAACGUGACCAAAAAAAUUGCACUUUUGAAACUCGGACAAUCACCUUUGCUUUACAAGCUUUCCCUGCUGGAAGAUGCAGGCUUUGGUGGUGUUCUUCUUUACGCUGACCCUUGUGACUUGCCAAAGACCACAGAUCUUGCUGAUAAAGCUUUUAUGGUUUCCUUGAACAGUGGAGGAGAUCCAUCAACACCUGGCUAUGCCAGCAUUGAUGGAAGCUACAGGCAAAAUCGACUGAACCUCACAACACUGUUAGUACAACCAAUUUCUGCAGUGCUUGCCAGAAAACUUGUUUCCUUACCUGAGGACAGUGUCCAAAAAGACAGAUGUACACCCCUGCAGCUGCCACCUACAGGCAAAAAAAUAAUCAGUCUGAGUAUUCAGUCAGUCACAACUUACAAGACAAUUUCAAAUGUUAUUGGAUAUUUAAAAGGAGCUGUAUUUCCUGACAGAUACGUCAUCAUUGGGAGCCAUCACAGCAGCUUGAACCCUUACGGUGGACAAGGAUGGGCCAGUAGCACUGCUGUCAUCACAGCACUGAUCCAGGCCUUGACACUGAAGGCUAAGAGGGGCUGGAGACCUGACAGGACUGUUGUUUUCUGCUCAUGGGGAGGAACAGCAUUCGGGAACGUUGGCUCAUAUGAGUGGGCUGAGGAUCUCAAGAGAGUUCUUCAAAGAAACGUUGUGGCUUAUGUUAGCCUUCAUAAUCCAGUCAGAGGCAACUCAACUUUACACCCUGUUGCAUCCCCUUCUCUUCAGCAACUGGCAGCAGAGAGCCAGAGCUUCAGCUGUUUGGAAAAGACUAGAUGCCCAGGAUCUAAUGUGAGUUCUGUGCAGAUACAGGGAGAUUCAGACUAUUUCAUCAACCAUCUUGGAGUACCUGCCACGCAGUUUUCUUACGAGGACAUCAAAACUUCAGAGAAUUCUAGCUUUCUCUCCGAAGCUCUUUUUCCCGUACAUGCAACAAAAACAGAAGAGCUGGAUCCCUCCUUCAGUCUGCACGAGACCAUCGCGAAGCUAACAGGACAAGUGACUUUGAAAAUUGCCAAUGAACCAGUUUUGCCGUUUAAUGCCCUCGACAUCGCGUUAGAAGUCCAGAACAGUCUCAAAGGUGAUGAAGUAGGCGUUCCUCAGUUGCUUGCAGUGGCCUCACGUCUGAGGGACACGGCCGAGCUGUUCCAGUCGGAUGAGAUGCGCCCGGCCAACGACCCCAAGGAGCGAGCUCCUGUCAGAGUCAGGAUGCUCAAUGACGUGCUACAAAGCUUGGAGAAAAGCUUCCUGGUUCAUAGAGCUCCUCCAGGACUUUACAGAAAUAUUCUUUACAGACUGGAUGAAAGGACCAGCCAGUUUUCACUACUGCUGGAGGCACUGGAGCACUGCAAACUACAUCAGUCAAAUGAGACCAUUCAGGCAGCCUUGUCAGAGGUGCUGAACAGCAUCAAUUCAGCUCAGGUUUACUUCAAAGCAGGACUUGAUGUGUUUGAGACCACCUUAGCUGGAAAGAAAUGAGAGGAUUCUCUGCAUUCUAAGACAUUUGUUUACAACUCGCUAAACAAAAGUUCAGCUUGGACCAGAAUUGCUCUGAGGAUGAAACUUUUCUCAGCUUUUCCUUCAGUUGUCGCUUAAAGGUACCGCAGAGCGUGGUUUUAUAAAUAUAAAACAGUCUUUUGCACUGUUCACAGUAUAUCUCAAAUGUCUGUUUCUGAAUGUAUGAAACACAAUGAGAGGGAAUAACACUUAAGUUAGGAUUUCUGGAGGGACAUCUGCUGUAUUUUUAUAUGUAAAAUACGUUUUUACGACUAAGAUCUCAAUCUUGCGAAGUACCAAGCACGUCCUGCAACGCGCUGAAGACCCGGUUCUGAGACACCCCAGGUGUAUAUCUGGGUGAGCUUUCCAUCCCUGCUCUGUCAGAAAAAUCUGACUUAAGUAUACUGUUGUGUUUCUUACCUUCUUCAGCACACUCAUCUUCUUCAUUCAGAGUAAGUAUUUGAAGGAUGUGGCAUUUCAGGUAUCCAGCACCAGAGUGAAAAUGCACAAAACACCUUUACUGGUGCAAUCCAACAUCUUUACUCCUGUGGAACAAUAAAUACCUCAAUUCUGAGAAUAGAGAUUAACUUUGAUUAUUCCAUUUCUGUAUGAAAAUAAAGAGUUGUUUUCUCUAA